AUGGGGGGGCUGUCUGAUGAUGCAGCCAGCGAUGAAAUUUUGAAGAAGAUCGCAACGUGUUUUGACACAGUCAUUCAAGAGCAAAACUUUGGAGACUUUGUCAACAAGAUCGACCGUGGUACUCUGGAUCAGGUGUUGCAUGCUCUGCUGGACAAUGGGCCGGAGUGCAGCUACCCAAUCCUGAACUUGAUCCCAAAUUCAACCAUGAAGGAGUUCUGGCUUCCCCUACACGCCUUUGAUGUGACGGCCCAAAGCAAAUCCGGAUACUUCCCGCAGAACACCCAGAUCGGAGCCCAUUUCCGGGAGUUCUUGAAAGAUGGGUACCGUUCGGAAUGCGAAGCUAUACUGACCAAAUUUGCCAAGGGCGACAUGACCCGUCGCAUCUAUGAGGGAUCGGUAGGAAUUUGCGAUGGCUUCACCAAAGUCUUGAUAAUGGUCGGGAUUUGCGUGAUUUGCGACCACUUGGAACUUACACGUGACCAAAUGGCACUCCCUGGGGUGAAGAAGAUGAUUGAAAGUUUCCGUUGGGUUCGGUGUGCUUACGGCCACUUCGAUAACCCAGCUCAUCAUUACUUGCAUGCUCUCCGCAUCCAGCAUGUUUCAGCCCAGAAACAAGCGCCCUCUGCCAUAGACUUCCUGGGGGCGAUCAAGGAGGCUGUGGGGAUUGAGCGCCGCAUGGCCCGGGCUGGGACAUCAGGUGCGUUGAAGGACGUUGUCAGUAGAUGUGUGGGUGAGUACAACCGAAUGGUGACGAAGAAGAGCCACCGAAUCGAAACUGGAAUCAAGAACAUGAUCAUGAAUUUGCUACGGACCAAUGACGAGAUCCAGGGCAAGAUCCACAAACAUUACGAUGUUUAUCCCCAUUCCGUGUCAGCCUUGCCGCUCGACAUUUUGCAGCAAGACUUUUGGGUACCUGGCAGCACGUCGCGUUGCGAGAGCAGCAAGUUUCAGGGCAAGGGUUUGUUCCGAGAAAUUCUUACACCCAGCGUGGAAACCUGCCUGUUGUGGGUCAACCGAUCUACAGAGGAUUUCAAGCGUCGGGUGACAGCAGAUGCAUCGAUCAAAGCCAAGAAAAAUGCGCAGCUCGAUGAAGAGAACCAUAUCCUACUACAUGAUGUGUGCUGCUUGUGGAUUUGGCUGAUCCCACGCUUGGAAAGUGCAUUUGCUGCCCCAAUCAUCCAGAGACAUACAGAGCUGUUCAUGCGAGGGGCUUUGGACACGGAUUUGUCUUCAAUCAUGAAGGCCGCCCAGGAGUUUGAGUGGGAAAGAAUCCCAUUCAUUCUGGAGAUUCGUGGGGAAUCCGUGGAUGAUUUCAUAUCCCAAGCCCAAGACAGAACACGCAACGCCCACAAAAAAAGCUUGCAAGCAGCUUGGAACGUGUGGAAAGAAAUGCUCCAGAGCGACCAGAUCGCCUUCCAGAGCGAGCGGAUCUCGAGUGAGAAGGAGGAAGCCAAGCGCCGUGGGAAAUUGAUCGGCCAGCUUGAGGACGAGCAAUCGAGGCAGAGAGCACCGUGCUUCCGUCACUGUCGGGAUGGCUGCAUGACACUCUCCAGGACAUCCCCGAAGUUCGGGCUACUUCAGACCACUGCAUAG